AUGCUUCACUACCAACAAACAAUUUUAUCUAUUGUGGAAAGUGGACAAGCCAGGAAACUUAAUCUCUUUGUACACUUUGAUGUUGGAACAAAUCCUCAAGAUACAGAUGGUAUAUUGGCAGAGUUUAACAAGAGCUUGUACGAUGUUUUCAAGGGAAGACACUCUGCUGAUGUUGCCAAACAACUAUCAUUUAAUCCAAUAUCUGUACCUAGUGGAAUCCAACUUAUUAAACAUUUGCUCGGGGCAAAUGGAACACAGCUGGAAUCAUUUGAGGAAGUCAUUAAAAGGUAUUUAUUUAUAUCAAAAUGCAAAACUAUCAGCCCCGAGUUAAUUAUUGAUAGUGUUGAGAAACACACCGAAUCUAAGGAUAAUUUGGGCAUCGAAAACGUCCUGGAAAUCCUUGAGGGUAUUAAUAGAUUCAAGAUGCAGUUAGCAGCUAAACGUCUAGAAGAUGAUGUCAAGAAUCUGCUAGCCGUUUCCAAAAAGUAA